GACGACGCCUAGACCCUCCGCACCCCACUCAUCCAAGCCCCGUUCUACAAUUCAUCAUGGGUGCUGUAUGUGCAUGUCGGGGCUGCGGGGUAACUCCGGACGUUGCCACCAAUCUGCGUUCUGCCAAAUAUGCCCCUCUGCCUCCAAAUUUGGGGCCUGCCGGUGUGUGUGUAAAGGCUUCAUUGUCUUCUCGCAACUCAGUCAACUACGACUUGGUUUUCUAUAUCGAAGAAGUUUGCAUGGUCCAGCUUCGUCUUCGCGCAUUUUGCGAAGUGUAGUCAGUGUUAAGGUUGGGCUGGGCUCAGCGUUAGCUGAGCGUGGACGCAGGCAAGGUCAAGCUGCCCGGGUGGGUGGGAAUGACCGAGUGACUGUGGUUUUGUGACUACACAUUUGAAAAUAAUGUAUUACUUGUUAUGUACAAAACAAUAAAUGAGUGGACUCGAG